AGAUGCCACCAGUAGCAGCCUGUUCAUAACAAACACAAAGUGUUUUUAGACUUUGGAGCAACGUUGCUUACUAUUUUAUUCUACCUCAAUUGUUUUAAACUAAUAUCUAGCAUGUAGCUGUGAACAUGUGCAGAAAAAUCCUUAACGUUUUACUGCCAUACAGAUGUGUGGUACGCAGCAGGCAGUUCAUUUGGCUUUGAUGUUAAUAAACACAACAGGGUGAAUUUGAUCAAAUCAACAUCAAUUGGAACAACGUGCCAGAACAAGGAUGUAAGAAUGGUUUCAAAAGUGACCUAACGUGAAGACUUCAAGCAUCACCGUCGGAAACAACAAAUAGAAAGCAUUUAUGGAGUUUCAAAAUGACAUUUUCUAACCUGCUGAACGAAAGCAAUGAUGAAUUCACUUCGGACGAGGCGCUUAACUUGUCUUUAUCCAACAUCAGCAACACCUGUGUGGGCAUCACCCUGGACGCGCAAGUCAUCGGUGUUGGAAUCUUCCUGGCCGCUUUCAUUAUAGCGGCGAUCGUUGGAAACAUUUUGGUGAUCCUUUCGGUGCUGUGCAACAAACAUUUGCAGACGGUCACAAACUUCUUCAUCGUGAACCUGGCCAUAGCGGACCUGCUGCUGAGCAUCAUAGUCCUGCCUUUCUCCGCGUCUCUGGAGGUUUUGGGAUGCUGGGUGUUCGGGCGCAUCUUUUGCAACAUCUGGGCAGCGGUGGAUGUCCUGUGCUGCACGGCGUCUAUAUUAAGUCUGUGCAUUAUAUCCAUAGACAGGUACAUUGGGGUGAAAUAUUGCCUAAAAUACCCCACCAUCAUGACCGAACGGAAAGCUGGUGUCAUACUGGUGCUGCUCUGGGUUUCUUCGAUGGUUAUUUCAAUCGGACCCUUGUUGGGCUGGAAGGAGCCUCCACCUUUGGACGACAGCAUCUGCAGCAUCACGGAGGAACCGGGUUACGCGCUCUUCUCCUCGUUAUUCUCCUUCUACCUUCCGCUCAUGGUGAUUUUAGUUAUGUACAUUAGGGUGUAUAUCGUGGCCCGCAGGACUACUAAAAGUUUGGAAGCGGGUGUAAAACGCGAGAGGGACAAAUCAGUGGAGGUGGUGCUGCGGAUACAUUGCCGGAGCGCGCCGGAGGACGCGAGCACCAGCUCGAAAAGCAAAAGCCAUCCGUUCAGAAGUUCACUGUCUGUCAGACUCAUGAAGUUCUCCAGGGAGAAGAAGGCUGCUAAAACCCUCGCCAUCGUCGUGGGGAUGUUCAUUCUUUGUUGGCUACCUUUUUUCUUCGUUUUGCCUUUGGGCUCCUUCUUCCCAGCUCUGAAGCCCUCAAAGAUGGUGUUCAAAGUAAUCUUUUGGCUGGGGUACUUCAACAGCUGCAUUAACCCAGUAAUUUACCCCUGCUCCAGCAAGGAGUUCCAGCGCGCCUUUACGCGGCUACUGCGCUGUCAGUGCCAGCGUCGCCAUCGGAUCCUGCGCCGUUUCUACGACCAACGCUGGAGGACGGCCAUGAGAGGAGACCCCCACCGGGACUUUUGCUCUGGAUUUCCCUUCCACGAGCAAUGCGAAAACUCUAUCUAUUCCUGCCAGACCAAGAGCCGGCCUCUUAGCCUGAAAGGCUGGAGCUUCUUUCCACCGUUACAGAAGUCCUCCUUCCAGCUGAAGGAGAAAAUGAACAACCUUUCCAAUAAGAUCAAGAACGGGACGGGGAAGAGCGGCACGCCCGCUUUGAGCCGUACGGAGAUCGACACGGUCUCGAUGGGGAUCUAUAGCGACUGCGCCGAACAGAGCGGCUACCAAAUUUAUGACCUCACGGAGUGCUACGGCCUGAAGGAAACAGACAUCUAAACAAAGACAGAGAUCGCUGUAUGUGUUCUCCUAGACAUUGACAUGCAUUGAAAUAUUUAGGAUAUGAUUAAUUUUUUAACAUAUCAUUUUUGCUCACAAAUGUACAUUCUAAGCAAAUCUGAGCUGAAAUGACAAUGUGUUCAUGGAGAUAAAUGUAUUUCACGUGGAUAAUUUAAGAAUGUUACUUUAUGGGCGUAAAAAGUACACUGAAUGCCAAAAUAAGGAAAAAACGUAACUGCACUGGACCAGAUGUGCCAUCUUAUGGCAAAGAAAAUAGACUCAUGAUUGUCGGGUUUGUGUAUACUGUGUUGUCCGAAUGUCAUGAUAACCAGCAAGGCAACAUUUAAGUUAAAUGUUUGAACUGUUUUUGCAAAGAAUCGUGUAUUGACCGUUAAGUAGGAACGGAAACGCAUUUAACUGUGACGUACUCUAUACAGACUGUUGAAUCCAUCACACUAAUUACUAUUGACAAAAUGAUUCACUGUGAUUUACAUAGUGAAACUCACUUUUAAAUGAUUCAGAUGAUUUAUAAUUGAUUUGGGGAUACAUAACUUAAAUGUGAGGCACAAUUUGUAAUAGAUGUUUUAAAGGGUGGUUAAAGGAUUACUAUACUUUCAUAAAAAAUCCCAAUAAUUUACUCACCCCCAUGUCAUUCAAUUCUUUCUUUAGUAAAAAAAUGUUUUUGAGGAAACCAUUUCAAGAUUUUUUCCAUAUAGGGGACUUUAGUGGACCUCAACGGUUUACAGUUUCAAUUCAGUUUAAAAUUGAAGUUUAAAUCGUCAGAAACGAUCGUCAUUUUUGCCAAAACAAUAUAAAAAUAUGGACUUUUUAACCGCACCUUCUCGUCUUGCACUAGCUGUGUGACAUGCCAGCAUGACCUUACGUAUUACUUAAUCACGUCGAAAGAUCACGCAUUACAUAUGUGAAACGCACACUUGUGGACCAUUUUCAACAAUAAACUGACACAAAGACAUUAAUUAGUAUUAUUUUACAUACAACAUACCAGAGCCGAUCCUCCCUAUACGCAGGGUACGCAAGCUGCACUGAGCCCAGAACCACUAGGGGGCCCCCUCGCUCUUAACUUCAUGCAGCGCUGCACAGACCAAUUGACCUGUUAGCAUUUUAAAACAAAGCACAUUACGUCUAAAGUUUGCAUAUUGCGAGAAUUAUUGAUGUAUUUUGGUAUGUUUACCACUGGAUUAAACUAUAUUGAUCAUGCCUUAGGAAUGGUCCUCUUUCUCCACACUUGUAAACACUGGAGCAGGAUUGACCUUUCGAAGUGAUUACAUAAUGCGUAAGGUCACACUGGCGCAUCACUCAACAAGUGCAAGAGAGAAGGUGUGGUUAAAAAGUCCUUUUUUUUUGCGAAAAACGUUUUGCUAGAUAAAUCCCUUAUGCCUUGGUUGGGAUUGUUUAGAGGCCUUUAAAGCUGCACAGAAACUGUAAACUGUUGAGGUCCACUUAAUAUGGAGAAAAAUCCUGGAAUGUUUUCCUAAAAAAAACUUAAUUUCUUUGUGACUGAACUUGGUUGACAUUGGGGUUAGAAAUAAUUUUCGGAUUUUUUAUAAAAGUGGAAUUAAAUACUGUGUGCUAUUUAUGAAUCUCCAUUGAGCACUAAAGUAAUGACAUUUCAGUCAUUCACAAAAGGACCAACAGUUCCUCGCACCUGGACUACAACUCAAUUUGUGUUGUUGAAAAAGAUUUGGGUUUCUUUGUAAUGCUGAUGUGAUCAUGUCUUUCAGUGUCAACUAUUAAGCAGAAUAAACCUGAACAAGAGCAUGCAGAAUCUUGAUCUCAUACAUUCAUAAAUCAAUGAAUCAUUUCAUGCAACAAACUCCUGGAGCAAAGUACCAAAUGCAAAGUAUUGUUUUGUGAGCCUGUCAAAAUAA